AUGCUGCGCCAGGACUAUAAUCGCAUUGACCCGAAGCGUCGAGCUACUGUGGACCACAGAAAGAAGCCGUUCGCGCUUCCUCAGUACAAGGACGCCGAGUAUCCUCACAGGCUGAACUUCUACACCGACGCGCCGACGGCUGAUAUCACCCUCGAGCAGUUUGAGCAAUGGGCUAUUGACCGCCUACGAGUCCUUGCUGAAUUGGAGGCCUGCUCCUUCAGAAACCGUACGCCAACCGAAACAGCCGCACACAUGAAGUCCAUUCUCGAAAAGUAUCUGCCUCUCGACACGCACAGCUCCUCCAAUGCGCGAAUCUUUAGUCAAAGGCAAAAGGACCACUAUAGUCAUUUCAUUCUCAGGUUGGCAUUCUCCUCGACCGAGGACUUGCGACGCCGAUUCACACGCGUGGAAACGAUGCUCUUCCGCUUGCGAUUCAACAGCGAUGACUUGUCGGAGCGGUCGGCGUUUGUGUCAAGUCUCGACCUGGAUUGGUGGGAGCCCGUAACGGAGGACGAGAAGAGGGAGUACGCGGCGGAUUUGGCCGCCAUGGCGACGGGUCCCAAGAAAUCCGGCGCAGAAGACGACAUUUGGUUCAAGGUGGACUGGGAGAGAGUGCCGGACUUGAUUGAGGGGCGGAGAGUGUUUCUGAAGCAAGGCAAGGCGUUUGUGCCGUCGAGGGAGCAGUCCAGCAUGGUUGUGGCAGAGUUCUCAUCACGCCUGGAGAAGCAGCUCGAGUUGACUGCUCGAGCUUUGCCACGUCUCGAUGAAGACGACCGUUUGACGCCCAUCCUGAACCACCUCUCCAAGAACUUUGUCACGCCCGACUCUGCAUACGCAUCCAACUCGUCCGCCCCGGCCGGCGCCCAAAUCACCGCCUCCAAUAUUGACAAUCUCUCCCAGCAUUUCCCGGCGUGCAUGUCACACCUGCACCGCUCCCUCCGGCGAGACGCGCACCUCAAGCAUUACGGACGUCUGCAGUACACGCUGUUUCUCAAAGGCAUCGGCUUGAAUCUCGAGGAGUGCCUCAUGUUCUGGCGCAGCUCGUUCCACAAAAUCACCGACGACCAGUUCAACAAGGAGUACAGGUAUAACGUCCGCCACGCAUACGGCGAGGUGGGCGGCGAUUCGAACCGCCGGGGCGGCGGUUACAGCCCCUACAGUUGCCAGAAGAUCCUGACAGAACAUCCUCCUGGUCCCGGAGAGGCGCACGGCUGUCCGUAUCGACACUUUAACCUGGACAAUCUGACGGCGCUGGUGCAGGCAAUGGGUGUUUCGGACAGGUCCGUGUUGCAGGGCAUCAAGGAGGACAAGGAUAAUCAAAAGUAUCACAUGGCUUGUAAUAGGGUAUUUGAGCACCUCCACAAGGCCGAGAUCAAAAAGGCCAAAGACGAGGGCGUCAUGACGUCGAAUCAGCUGGAGACUAUUGUGCACCCGAACGAGUAUUUCAAGAGAAGUUAUUUGUUGAAGAAUAUGGGCAAAGAGGGAGACGCGAAGAUGGAGGACUAG